AAUCUAGCUUUAUUUUCCAGAUGUGUUAAAUGAUGCUGACGAAAGGGGGCGGUGCUGAAGAAGAACAUCCACGCGGCACCCGCAAGAAGAUACCCCAUCGUUAAAUGACAGACGGACAUUUGACAGGCCGUUUUAAUCAUUUUCUUUAACAAAAGCAACGAAUACGAAAUCUGCAUCUGCAAGUCCAUAACUGAAACAGCAAAACCUGCCUGACAUCAUCACUAUACCCGAGUGAUACAACCACAUAACCGGCAGAAAUGGAGAGUUAUGAGGAUUUCUGUGCAAGAGUUUUGUCUAAACUAAAGUCAGAAAUGAUUCAUCAAAUGAACUGCAGUCCUUUACCUGUUAAAAGGGGAGCACAUUCCUUCAUCUGCUUUCGUGGCAGGGCUGUACUGUCUCCAGUGCUUAACGAGGAACAAAUAACAGAGAUGGAUGAAUACAAGAAAAGAGCUAUACACCUGGAAGCAAAAAGACAGAUGCAUCAUAAAAAUAAUCUUCUUAAUCAGAUUCAGACCAAUUCGUGGACCAGUAAGGAACCAAAAACAUUCGACGUUCCAGAAACUGUGAAGCAACCCACUUCUUCUACAAAAACAGCACACAGGAAUGAAUGUACAAUGCAUGAUACUGCAAAACAAACAUCUGGUGGUGGCACAGAGCCAUUUAUUUUAACUAGUACACCAUUAGCUGAGAUCUCGGGAGCCAUAGAAGCUAAUGCUGGGGAGGAAAAACAAAUAGAAGAGGAGAUUAAAAGUGAAGAAGUCUCUCUGCAGCACUUACUUAAGAAGUCACGGGAAUUUAUUGAAAAAGAACAAGGUCGCCAGGGGUCGAAGGUCAUCAUCAGCAAGAAGGCCGAUCCCUUUGUGAUGCCCUCCGAAAAUCCGUCGGAUAAAGAAAAUGGCUCAUCUUUACCCUUCUAUACACCCUGCAGUCUCCCACCCAGCCAAUCCUCUCACAGUCCUCUGAUCAGCCCGGAGCCCGGUGUAAGUCUCAGGCCCCACCGCAUACGCCCCCGCCCCAUCUCAGCCUGCAGUAUCUUCUUCACUUACUCCGACAACACUAACCAACCAAGCAUCACGGCCAAUGGGAGGUCACCGGAUGCCUUGACUCCAAGUCAAGAGAGGAGAACACUUGGAGUGGAAAACGUAAGUUCGAAUAGAUUCGAUAACCACAGUCGGUUCAACACAUCGACUGAGACCAUGAACGCAAAGGGGGGAUUAAAAACCUCUCCAGUGGAUCCUGAACUCACAAGCCCCUUGUUCAGGAGGAGAUGUCACACGAUGGAUAGCCAGCCACCUUCACGUCCACUCAUAGAUAGAAGCCAGGAGCGAAUGCCUCGGUUUAUGGCCGGGGUCACUUCGAAAACUCCUCCUCGACUGUCUCCUACUUCACCAAUGAGGAAGACCUUCACGCGAGAGACUCCCAUAUCUCCGUCUUAUGGCAAACUAGCAUCCGAGAUAGAUGGAGACAGUGUUAUUGGCACAGCAUUGAUGGAAAGGAGAACAGAUGAGAUGCAAUGGCAAAUCCAUGCAACAGAAAUGCAAAAGCCUCUGGAGGAGGACUAUGCUUUCCGGAUGUCGUGUUUGGCGGCUGAGCAAGAGAGAGAACAACUGCGUCUCAUUCACGUUAGUGUGUUUGAGUCAGAGGAGAGAGGUAGGAUUCUCAGGGGUCAGGGUGUUUUGAGUCCUGUAGCAGACGGGGACGGGUGUGAAUUAAGGGCAGCUGGUGAGUGUUACCCGGUUGUCAGCCCCAUAUGCUCUCUGAGCCCUGGAGACGGAUCAUCGCAUCAUCCGUUGUCCUGCAUUGGUUUUCCAUCUAACAUGUUGGAUAUCCAGUCACCCUCCAUACAGACUCCUAUUUACAUACGAGGCCUAAAUCACAGCACGGGGAAAAACCGAAACAGGCUGAGCCAGGUUAUAACAUCAGAGCAGCAGAGGGCACUGUGUCACCUUUGUGCUAUUGUUAAAGGAUUUCUGACCAGACGACUCCUAACAACCGAAAAAGUCAAACAUCUGCAUCAAACUGUACAAGACACGCAGGAGUUUAUUCGUUCAUUCAGUGCCAAUCAAAUGUCUGAGCAGGAUUUCUGUCUACAGGAGCGAGUCAGAGCUCAGUUACGUGCGGCCCUGUUUGACAUCCAUGACAUCUUCUUUACAAUGACACUGGAGGAGCGUUUGUCUUUGCUACAGCAGGACCGAGAUCUUCGCACAGAGAGAAAGCUCAGAGAGAUGGAAAAAGCAAAAUCUCCAAAAGACAAGAUGAUUCUGUCUGCUGCUACCCAGAAAUCCCUUGAUAGAAAAAAACAGAGAAUGGGUGAAUCUCCAGGUCAGACAAGAAAAGGCCAAAAAACCAAGAGUCCUCCUACCAAACGGAUCCUACAGCCCAGUCAGGGUCAGAACGCUCCUGUUUCAGGCCAGCAGCUACCGCGUCGAGGGAGUUACAAAAAGAGUCCAGAGGAGAGGGUUCAGCAUUCGGAGAGGCUGAAGAAACAGCAUUCACUGGGUUAACCUGAUCUUUUACUGUACAUAUACAGUCAAGAAAAAUUAUACUGUGCAGCUAGCACAUUUUGUCUCAUCUCCAAUUUAAAACUCGAUAAAUAUUGAGAGUCCUAUUAAAAAGAUAAUCUAAGCAUUCAUUAAAAGGAGCGCUGUUACCUCAUCAGCCAGUGUGACACUUCAUAUACACAACAUAUAUUAUUACUCUAUGGUUCUUAUGGUUUGCUUCUGACUAUUAAGGGGCGUGUGCAC